AUAAAAUCGUGAAAUUGUGCCAAACUGAUUUUUGGAGCGGGUUUUCCGGCAUUAAUAGGUGUUUACCUCAAAAUAUGGAACUCGGUCUUAUUUUUCUUUGUUUGUUUUUUAGUGGUUUCGAAAUACAGUAGAUUCUUGUGAGUUCAGCCAAACUAAAUAACUAUUGACCUUUGGUAAGUUAUAACAUUAACAUUAUACUGUAAAUAAACGUAAACGACGCCCAGUCCUGGAGAAGAUGACACAUUAGAGAAAUUUUAUGUUCUUAAUUUGGCAUACAAGCACAAACGCGAUCUUCCAAAAUUACAAGCCAAUUACUCAAGAUGAAGCGGAUUAGACCAAAGGCGUACGAAAUUGAAAUUAGUCCAAAAAUUCUUGAGCGGAUGCUGUGUGCAGUUAUUCAAUGGCUGGUGUUUAGCGCAGCAUAUAGUCUGGAAUUUGGUAGCUUAAAGAUGGUGGGCGAAGUGUUGUCGAUUGUGGUAAUCAACAGCAGAGCAGAUGCCGGUGCUCAUUAUCAGCUGAGUCUGGAUGCAAUCACCGAAUUUGUGAGAACCCGUGAUAUAUACAAUCUGGAGGAAACAAAUUUUGUCCGCGAACAUAAAACCCAAAGAUAUUUGUUAUCAGUUAAAACAAGGUAUCACGCUAGCUCGGGUUCGAACCCCAGUUCGUCAUGCAUCUUUGUGCAUGCCCCGUUGUUGUAAGUUUAUCACUUGCACAGUAUUCGACUGUGGGUAUAGUGACAUCGAAGCAAGAUCUUAUUGUAAAUAAAAUGUGGAAGGAAAAAUAAAAUGUAGCAAUAAU